UACAUCAGUCUUACAUGUGAGUCAAAUUCCAUGGACUAUUAGAAUUUGAUUUGUUCCAUUCUCUUACACUCUCUGUUUAUCACACUAAAGAAAUGAAAGAUACAAAAUUCUAAGGCUAACUAGCCAGAAAAUAUUAAUUCAAACUUCAUUAUUUUUCAAAGAGAGUGUGUGACAAUUCUAAUUAGAGGCAGAAGCACAAGGAAAGCAAAAAUCAGAUGUUCUUCAUAAGAGUCCUCCUUUUGGCUGCUUUGAUUUUCAUGGCACUGGCUGGGCCAUGGGCUAAUAUAUGUGCAGGCAAGUCUUCCAAUGAAAUCCGGACAUGUGACCGCCAUGGGUGUGGACAGUACUCUACUCAAAGAAAUCAGAGGACUCACCAAGGUGUGGAUGUUCUGUGCUCCGAUGGAUCUACUGUGUAUGCACCAUUCACUGGCAUGAUUGUGGGCCAGGAAAAACCCUUUAAAAACAAAAAUUCCAUCAAUAAUGGUGUUCGGCUAUCUGGAAGAGGUUUCUGUGUCAAAAUUUUCUACAUUAAGCCAAUUAAGUACCAAGGUUCCAUCAAGAAGGGAGAAAAGCUUGGAACCUUACUGCCAUUGCAGAAAGUUUAUCCUGGCAUACAGUCACAUGUACACAUUGAAAACUGUGACUUGAGUGAUCCUACUGUGUACCUGUAAGCAGAAGACAAAGAUCAGAGCUUAUCAAUAAAAAGCCAUCUUCUUAAAAACUCGGAUGCAUGUCCUAUAUCUGAAGAAAUCUGUCUUUGAACAGAAAUAAAAUAAAUGCAAGCAAGAAAA